CUGAAGUGCCAGGGAGAGCCGUUCAGCAGCGAGAGCGACAAGCUCUGCACCGCUGGCAGCGUCUUCUUCCCCCCCUUCCACGUCAACCCGACGAGCGAGCGGGAUCGGAAGGAGGUGAUGGUGGCCAUGUACAAGCUCUUUGCCUUCCUCAACGCCUCGCUGGGGAACAUUACCCGCGACCAGGAGGAACUCAACCCCACGGCCAAGGAGCUCCUCGACCGGCUCCACACCCGCGGCCUCAUCUCCAACCUCACCUGCCUCCUCUGCAAGAACUACAACAUCUUCCAGGUGGACGUCAGCUACGGGGAGAGCUCCAAGGGCAAGAGCACCUUCAAGAAGAAACAGCAGGGCUGCCAGGUGCUCAGGAAGUACGUGCAGGUCAUCGCCCAGGCG